CGGAUGGCAACACUGACACGGCAAGUUCCGGCAGUGCGGUAUCGCGACCAAUUUCGUCGUGAUUACGCGUUCACGUUUCAUCGUUGAAAAUGUCGAUCCACUUCAGCGGGUGCCGAACGCGCUCCGUCGGUCUGAUGAGCUCAAUCAUAAAGGAGAUAAAGAGAGUCAAUCUAACGCCAGUCAAAAGGAUCGACUUUCGUUUCGACCCGUUCCACAAACAAGUCAAGCAGACGAGAGAUUUUCAAUUUUAUAUUAGCGCGCCGAGAGUCUGUGCAACAAAUCCGUAUUGUUUGAUGAAAACGGAAAUCGUAUGCGAUCGUUCCGAACCAACAAUUACAUUCAAUCUUCAGUCAGGUGAAAAGGUGAUAUUAAAAACAGCUUUUUUAACGUCUCUGAACAUUUUGGAGCUUUACAACAAACAUAUUACUAAAUUAGUUCCGCCUGAUCCAGCUGUGCUUGAAGCUAAAAAAGAGCUUGAAGAAACGAAGAAAAAGAAAAAGAAACCACAUCAUAAACAAAAAGAAGGAAAAAAGAAGAGGCCAGUAAAAUUAUUGGGCUAAAUUAAUUGGCGAUUUAUUUAGAUCGCUUAUUAACUGGUAAUAAAUUAAAUAUCUCUGAUUUUUUGUGUCCAAGUUUUGAAGUUCAUUUAAAUAUAAAAAAUAUUUUUAAAUUAUACCUUUUCGACAUUUAUUAUUGAGAUUGCUUUGACCUAUUUUCUGAUAUAUCUUAUAAAGUAAUUUAAGUGAAAAACUAUAUCUGAUAAAUCGAGAAAGUUGUCAAUUAUCUACAGCUUAAUUAUUUUAUUUAAAUUAAUCUUUAAAUCUGUUUAAAAACUUGUAGAAAAUAAUGUCCAAAUAAACAUUACAAUGAUUAUCAUUUA